CACAUGACCAGAAGCCGCUCUUGUGAUCCAGCAUCAUCACUGAGCGGUCACAUGAUCGGAGGAGUCCGCGCGUCACAGCUUGAAUGACAGGGGGCGGUACCCGCGCCGUAUCGCAGUAGGAGAGCGCUCGUAGCAGUGCGAUCUAGGCACACAGCAGGAUGUAAUCAUCCCGAGUAUGCGCAAACCGCACCAGGGGGAUCGGCCAACAUAGACAUACAUAACAAGACACAACAGAUGUCACAGCCUAGAAGGCAGUUUGACCAACGAGGUUGGAGUGGAAGAGUACCUAUGUGAAAAAUUUUCUAUUUGUAUACUCCUGUACAGUAACUUCACCAAACUUGGUUGUAUGACUAACUGACUGCUGUGUGCAAGCACAUUUUUUGUUGUUACAGGUUUCUACAGCACAGUGUCUGACGAACUAGUCAAGAAAGUUUUGUGGCAACCAAUCUCUUCUUGUCAACAAAAACAGCCUGGAAAUGGACGUUGGAUACAAUGCUCCAGGACUUUAUGUGGUCCCACGGCCGUUUCGCACCUCAAAGCUUUCCAGGACAGAGAUAGAGGAGAGCACCAGGUGACCAGAUGACCCGCAGCUAGCCUAUGGGCUCCUUGCUCAGCCCCCCUUUAUAAGAGGGGGAGGUACUGCAUUCUCUCUCUUCCACUACACUUUCUGAUGAGGUCAAGUCCAGUUCAGACAUCUCAGAGCCAGUGUCCAGCACAUCUGGAGGCCUCAAGCUUAAAUUACAGCCACAAGUCAGCCAUUCUAUAAAGAUAAUGAAUAGGAAUACAGUGACCCCCCCGACCUACGAUGGCCCCAACGUACGAUAAUUUCAACAUACGAUUGCCUCUCAGAGUGCCCAGCGACGUGAUGACGGUGAUGAAGAGCGACGAUCCCAGGCAGCAGAGAUGGUCCGGAGUGGUGGGGACACCCUGGGGACGCGGCGACAGCGAUGGAGAGCGACAUCCCGGGCAGCGGUGACGGUCCGGAGCGGCGGGGACAGAGCUGGAUGUGGAUCCUCUGACCUGUGUGGCUCAUGACUCGGACCGUAUCAGGGAGCAGAGUCUAAGGUGCCACUGGUCUUCACCAGAGCCCGCUGCAAGGCAGGAUGGGCUUACUGCGGCAGGCGACACCCAGGUCGCUACCCCCGACAUGGCUCGACCACACAGGUAACUGGGCAAGGACGUCAGAUAAUCUAACAAUGGAACAAACAGCAUAACCAAACUGGGAGAUACAACAGCACUCUCAAAGUGGAGAAGACAAGACAGCAUUGUUUUAACAGGAAGGCUACUUUCAUCUACAACGUGAUGAGGUCGUAAUCAUCUUGAGGACCAGCUAAAUUCUUCAAGAUCCAUGAGGAACUGACUCACCAAAGAUACCGGACGUUGAAUGUGUGCAACUCAGGUAGACUCGAGGAACAUGAGGCCAUGACAAGGUUUCAUAGAAGUGGACCAUGUGAAAAAAAAACACUCAACUCUUGUCUCAUAGUCAUAUAGUUCAUUCUGCAUGAGACUGAUGCCGCUGGUUAAUGAAAAGAUGCUGAAUGAUGAAAAUCGGUCAGAAAAAGCAACAUCCGGCGGGUUGAAACCAGGUAUCCCAUGCCUGGACCACUCUUUUAUAUACACAAGAAAAAUCUUCAAAGAUCCAAACAUUUAGUCCUAAACCAUGAUCCCGAGAUAAAACUUCUGGCUACCAUCCUAAACUAGUCGUGUUAAAACUUUGUAACAGCUGACUCUGGGAAUAGUCUCUGGACACAUAUUAAAGAAUUCUUAGAAUUUGGAAUGAUGAAGAUGAGGCUUCUUGGUACGACCGCUGCUGAAACAUAAGAUCUAUUUAUUUGCUUUGGCGGACUCUGAAACUAAAAAUGAAUUACAAUCCUUAAUCUUACAGUUCAGUUCCUUAUUGGCAAAAAGGAAUUGGGACAGUGGUGAAUUAUAAGCUUUGGGAACAAAUAUAUAUAUUGUUUUGGGGGUUGUCGAAAUAUAUUAGGAAACAAACAUGAUGUUUACAGUGAAAUAAGAAACAAUCCGAACUCAAGCCUAUAAAUGACAAGCGAGAAGAAUGUAAAAGUACUGUCAAACUGGGAGAAGGAGCCGGGACGCAAAUCUAAUAUCAAGGAAAUUGGUGUUCAGACAAAGCAAGAUCCUCUGGUUUGGUUCCUAUGAAGGAUCCAGCUUCAGGUACUCCAGCUUGAUGAAAAGAUCUUUUGGUAAAGUGAAUCAGAGUAACACGGAAAGCAUUAACCAAGAUGAACUGACCAUUGUUGCACUGAUCAACAUACCAAGCCGUCCUCUGAAUGCAGAGCUUGAAGAAUAAGUCAACACAUAACGCAGGAAUAAAAGAACACAGUCUAAAGAAAACGGCAACAAUACCAAUGGCUGGUGCGCUGGAUGCUGGAAGGAGAGCCUUGGAUGUUGCCUAUGUCGAUUAUACUGAAGAAUGUUGGUAAAAUAGACUGAAUAGUAUUUCUUGUUGCAAGUAUUGACUCAACGACGGCUGUUUCAUGGCACUGGGUGUAAACAUUCAAUAAAUCACAUAUGGUUCUUUCAUGGGGACCAUUUCAGAUGUUAUGGGAAGGUCAAGCCAGUGGGCAACAUGAGGACUUAACUGGCCAAAUUUGCUAGCAAUAACUGUGGAUUUUGGGAUGCUUUUAUUUUACAAGGCAAUAUGACUAUAAAUAUCACCAGCAUGGAUGGAGACAUGUUAUUUGCAGAAAAAGAUUCCUCAUUUCGCAUUCUAAUGGGCUGUUUGCUCUCAGUUCUGAUACUUUCAACUCUUUUUGGAAAUACCUUGGUCUGUGCUGCUGUGAUCAGAUUUCGUCAUCUUAGGUCCAAAGUCACAAACUUUUUUGUGAUUUCCUUGGCUGUGUCCGACCUUCUGGUAGCCAUGCUGGUCAUGCCUUGGAAAGCUGUUGCAGAGAUUGCUGGCUUUUGGCCAUUUGGUUCAUUCUGUAAUAUAUGGGUUGCUUUUGAUAUAAUGUGUUCAACAGCUUCUAUCUUAAACCUUUGUGUCAUCAGUGUUGACAGGUACUGGGCAAUCUCCAGCCCAUUUAGGUAUGAAAGGAAAAUGACCCCAAAAGUAGCCUUUAUAAUGAUAAGUGUUGCAUGGACAUUAUCAGUUCUGAUAUCUUUCAUUCCUGUGCAGCUUAACUGGCAUAAAGCAAAGACUACCAGCUUUUUUGACCUAAACAUUACCUUACAAGGUACCGCAAUGGAUAACUGUGACUCAAGCCUAAAUAGGACUUAUGCAAUUUCUUCGUCUCUCAUUAGCUUCUAUAUACCAGUGGCCAUUAUGAUUGUAACCUACACCCGGAUAUACAGGAUAGCAGCAAAGCAAAUUCGUCGCAUUUCAGCUCUGGAAAGAGCGGCAGUACAUGCCAAGAAUUGCCAAAACAGCACAGGCAAUGGCAGUAGCAUUGAUUGCCAGCAGCCCGAAAGUUCCUUGAAGACCUCAUUUAAAAGAGAGACGAAAGUCUUGAAGACAUUGUCAGUGAUUAUGGGAGUUUUUGUUUGCUGCUGGUUGCCCUUUUUCAUAUUGAACUGUAUGGUGCCAUUUUGUGAUCCCAGUGUAUCCACAAGUGGAGCAGAACCAUUCUGCAUCAGUUCUACCACAUUUGACAUUUUUGUGUGGUUUGGUUGGGCAAAUUCUUCAUUGAAUCCCAUCAUUUAUGCUUUCAAUGCUGAUUUCCGCAAGGCUUUCUCAACAUUAUUAGGCUGCUACAGACUCUGUCCUACAUCCAAUAAUGCUAUAGAGACAGUUAGCAUAAACAAUAAUGGGGCAGUUGUCUAUUCAUGUCAGCAAGAGCCCAAAGGUUCGAUUCCAAAUGAGUGUAACUUAGUUUACCUAAUUCCACAUGCUAUUAUAUGUCCUGAAGAGGAGGUUCUGAAAAAAGAAGAGGAGAGUGGUUUAUCUAAGAGUUUGGACAAAAUGUCUCCAGCAUUCUCUGGGAUUUUGGACUAUGAUGCAGAGGUUUCACUAGAAAAGAUAAACCCUAUCACGCACAAUGGGCAACCCAAAACCUGAAAAAACUGCUUAGGUGGGCUUAUCCAUUAAACUAUGAAUGAUGGCUUCUAGAUGGACACAAUUUCACAACCUUUUUAGCUAUACCAUCGGACUCUCAAAUAGAUUUCUAAAAAUGCAUUCCAAUGUAUUUUGUAUACGUGUUUAUUUUUGUGAUGUUCACAGGGAAAUAAGCUCAUACAUACAAGGCCAUUAGUAAUUAUUUUUAGAUGGUGCAUACAGUCUUUACUGUAUUAUGAGAAUGUGUUUUUGUUUAUUGUGCAGACUUUAGAUGGGAGCCAUUUACUAACAAUGACUUGAGCCAUUAAAGUGUACAAAAGCUUUGGCAUGUAAUUUAGACUAAGCCUAACCAGUAGUCCAUAUCUGAAGGAGGUUUAGUGUUCUGAACAAUAAAAUUAAAAGUGUACCUCUCAUUUAACAAAAACUUUUUCCAGCUUUGCGCUUUACUCCUAGGCUUGCUGCAAUCUACAUUCUGGUGCAGGAUAUGGGUUACAUAGCCUUAAAAUGGAGCGCAUCUCCUGCAACUUGAAAGAGAUUGCAGAGAGCUAGAAAGUGAAAUGCACAGCCCGUUCUUUCUAACAAUUUGUGUUGGUCUGAACACUGUUGAGUUUGCAGUGUGCCAGCAAGUAAAGUUUAAAGCUUGUUCGUUCUAAUGAUUGGUGGGGCUUUGAACACCCAGACCCAAACUGAUCAAACCUUUUGACACAUCUUUGACACAUGUCAAAAGAUUUGUUAAAUUACAGAGGCACUUUAUGAUAAAGAUUUGAGAUAAAUAAUCCAAGAGACAGUAUAUGGAGCAACAACUGUGGUGUGAUAUAUUGUGGUGAAAAGUUUAGUUUGUCUAAACUUAAACUAGAUGGUCAAAGGAUGUUCCAGGCUUCAUAAACUGUCAAUGUGAUAAAUCUGGCACAUUUCUAGUCUUGAUUCACAAACCUGCCUAAUUUUCAGCCUUAUUCUCUUUUCCAGUCAUAAUUUGCUUUUGGCAAAUUUUUUCAGCCAUACAAUGUGACCUAAAAGUGGUGUGUGAACAUAGUCUUAGAUUGUCUAGUCUAAGUUUACACUGUUUAAGACAGUUAAAGUAAAUCUUCCCCAAUGUCAUUUUUUUUGUUCCCUUUUCUAUUUAACCUCUAGCAGACAACUGGUAAAAUUAUUAUCUAAUACGUUUUGCCUGUUUUAGUGCUAGGGACCAGCAACUAUUGUACAUUCCCCUGCAAAAUGCAAGGAAAUGAGUCAAUAUGUAAUACAAAUGAGAUCACUCUGGUCUUUACAGGUGUAUCAAUCAAUGUGGCCAUACCAAUCUUGUGGCAUGUUGUUAGUAUGGCAGCACAGCCACUUUGCUCUUUUGCAGUUCAUACACAGGAAACAAUACAGAACUCCCCACUAUAUAAGUUGCACAACCCCCCCCCCACCCCCAAGAAAAAAAAAACAAAAAAAUCUACAACAUUGAAAGCAUAUAGGGCUGAGCACAGUUCCCUGCAAAGCCAUGUGGCCAGGAGCGCAACUGUACAUAAAAAAUCACUAAAGGGGCUGUAGGGCAGAAAUAGCAUGGCAUCCUCAUCUUUAACAGGACCGAUGGGUACCUCAAAGGCUAGACCCUCACCAAUAAUGAAGAUGCUGUAUCCUAGCAAUAUUCUAUCAAUUUAUGUCCUAAGAAUAACCCUUUAAUGUCAGUAUACUUGGUGGUCUAGGACAGUGACAGUUCAAGUAUUCCUGGUGAUGUAGGGUAGUGUAGUCUAAACAUCUAGGGUGGACAAGGGCAAUUAAGGAGCUAAGGUUAGGAUCCCUAGUAGUAUAGGACAGUCAAAUGCUUAAUUUUAAGAUCCCUGGUGGAGGAAGGUGAAAGAGUUAAUGCUACAUUCCCAUGAUCUGGUGGGUUGCUCACCUCUCCAGGCUUAGUAUUGUUCUGGGUGUAACAGAACGAUGAACACUUAGGGUCUAUUCACAUGGCAGAAUUUCUGCUUGGGGAAUCCCACCUCAAAUUAAAGCCUAUAAACUUCUAUGGGAUUCCGCAGUCUCAUUCACACUUCUGAACUUUGGAAAUUCUGCUGUGUGAAUAGACCCUUAUGGCCCAGCUUCUCAUUUCCUCCCUGCACUGAUCAUAGAGAUGAGUGCAGAGAACAGAGAAGUUUAUGCAGCUGUAAGUGAUAAGGAGCGCUGUGCCAGAGGAUUCAGGGUAGAAUUAAGGAAGUCUAUGCGAGAGCGAGCAGACUUUCCCUGAGCAUGGAUUCCAUGCAGUUUAGAGGAAGCAGUGAUCAACUAUAUUAGUUGUCAAUUACAUUUUCAAGGGGGGUACUCUCAACUAUGAUCCCCAAAAGAAAAAAAAGUGUUUCCAAAUUUGUAUAUUGUGUUUUUAAUGAGAAAGUAAAGUACAUGCUCUAUGUUUAAACACACAUUUGCUGUGUUCUUCUCCCUAGCACUCCAAUGUAGUAUGAGUAGUAGGGAAUGUCACCAGUCUGUCGCAGCAUGAUCCAUACAAGAAACUGUGUUGAUGUCUAAAAUCAGUUAGCGCAGUCUAUGUGGGUAGAUUCACACUCUGUGGGAAGCUGUGUGCUAAAGUUAUAGCAAUAUGAAAAGCUACAAAGAAACUGUGAUUAAAAAGGUUUUAGCUUUAGGGUAGGGUCAGAUGUACCAUAUUUUGCUGCAUAUUUGCUGCUGCAUAUUUUCCUACCCAUUGAAGUCAAUAGGUAGCAAAAUCGUCUGCAUAUUUUGCUAACUAUUGACUUCAAUGAGUAGGAAAAAUAUGCAGUAGGAAAAUAUGGCACGUGUGACCCCACCCUUAAAUGGGUACUCCACUGCCUCAGCGUUCGGAACAUUUUGUUCCAAAGCUGAGUGCCUGACGCCAGGGCUCGUGAUGUCAUGGCCACGCUCCUGCCAUGCCCCCUUCCAUAGACAUGGAUUGAGGGGUCAUGGUCGUGACAUCUUAAGGGGCGUGGCCAUGACAUCACAAGCCCUGGUGUCCUCACUCAGCUGAGGCGGGGGAGUACCCUAUUAAAGCAUAGCUGUAAUGAUGCUCUGGUGGCAGGAUAUCGGUUCCGAGACUUGCACCACAAGACAACAGCGACCAAGAUACAGAUUUGCUGGUAGUCCCAUGCAAAUCUAAAGAACUUAAGGGAAGUCCUGAUCGCUGCAGUCUCAGGCAAGUCUCGUCUCUUUAAAGAGUAUCUGUCAAUAAAAAUGUUUUUUACCCCAUUAUUCAUCACCCCAGCCUGAUAACAACCCCCCCCCCCUUCAUUUUAAUCCCCCGGGGAUAUUUUUAACCUGAUUUGUGGUGUUUCUUUAGCUCACUGUGUGAUAGCUCUGGCGGUCGUGAGGGGGCAUUCCCCGGCAGGCACAUCAUCUAAAGCCGUCUUAGGGUGAUCAUCCGUCCUCACUCUUCUAUGCUGCGCUCAUACUAGGAGUGCAGCACAGAAGAUAGGGCCAAUUGCUGCAGGCUGUUCUCCUUCCCCUACUCUCUGCAUGUGUAUUGCAGAGAGGAGGGGGGUGAGAGCAGACCUGCAGCGAUUGGCUGCACACAGCAUUCGCUCUGCCCUGCAUGAUUGCCAGAGCAGAGAGCGAACAUCCCGCCCACACUUCCUGACUUUGGUCUCAUGCCCGGCCGGUUUGAGACCAAAGUCAGGUCUGCUGGAGACAAUGAAUGCGGCCUGCACUAGGAGGGAGUCCCCUAGUGGCCAUAUUUUUUAAGUUGAAAAAAAAAAAACAUAUGUAAAAUUUUAAUAAUAUAUUAGAAACAUUAGACAAUAUAGAAAAUUGCCUGUUUGGACUUCUACUAUGUUAGCUGUUCCCAUGGCUAUGUCCAGGCACAUAAAUAUAACUGUUUUAAUAAUAUUUUCAUAAGACAAACAAUUGUACAGCAACCAGACGUGGGAUCUGUUAGAUUUUUACAUUUUUACAUUUAGUAUUCUGGAUGUAGCUAUGGCAACCAGAAUGGGAAAAAAAACAUCUAGUUUGUUCUACUGGCUGCACUUUGAGAUGAAAGGUUAAAAAGUUACAUAUUUGUAGUUGAAACACACACAUAUAUUAAAAUCUAUUUAAAGGCCCAGUUCCAAAAACAGACUGAGAUUGAAAAGUAAGUGAUAAUUCCACCACCGGUUGGCUCUGUACAUGUGAAUUUUACCCACAUUGCCCUAUGGCUCCUGCCUAGUUUACAUGACAAUAAUCUUCUAUAUGUUUACAAUAUAGUUAUAAAAAAAAUAAGUUACAAAUGUGCUGUUGCUUUCAGUAAAAUGUGUCCAGUUAAAGACAGUGACUGACGGGACACAUGGUUUGUUUAUGUAUCUUAGGAUAUUGUUAUAUUCAUACGGAUCUAUGGUUGCAUGCUAUGGGGGAGAUUUAUACAAAACCUGUCCAGGGUAAAAGUUGCUGAGUUGUCCAUAGCAACCAAUCAGAUAGCUUCUUUCAUUUUUCAGAGGCCUUUUCAAAAAUGAAAGAAGCAAUCUAAUUGGUUGCUCGACAACUCUUCCUCUGGACAGGUUUUAAUAAAUUUCCCCCAUAUUUCCUUUUUAGAUGAUACAAGCAAACUAUACCCGUGUGAAAAAACUGUGUAUUGGACGUUAGUUAAAGCAUAUUAGUUUAGCCAUAUUUUUUUCCAAGAGAGCGCUUUAGAGGGGUACUCUGUCCCUAAACAUCUUUUAUACCUUAUCCAAAGGAUAGGGGAUAAGAUGUCUAACUACAGGGGGUCUUGCCGCUGGGGACCCUCCGCGAUCUCUGGCAUGGCACUGUGACUUUCAUGAACACGGAAGCUUGUUGGAGCCUCCUCCAUUCAUUUCUUUGGGAGGGGGAGUGACGUCUAGUACAUUCCCCCCUGCAAUCAGAUGUCUUAUGUCUUAUCCCCUAGCCAUUAGAUAAGGGGUAAGAUGUUUAGGAGCAGAGUACCCCUUUAAAGGAAAUCUGUCACAGAGAACAUGCAGUUUGAUCUCUGGGCACCAGGUUUUCAAGCAGGAGGAGCUGAAAAGAUUGAUACAUAAUUUUGUGGGAAAAGAUUAUAACUGUAUUUUUUUCUUUUAUUUCCUGUCCAUUCAGGGUUAGGAGUGCAGUACGCAGUCCUAUUAGUAAUUGACAUCCUUCUUCCGUGACUCUGCAUACAGAGACAGCUGUCAAUCACUGAUUAGGACUGCCCACUGGACUCCUAAGCCCAACAUGAGGAGGAGAUAAAAUGGAAAAAAAUGACAAGUUAUUCUUAAUCUUUUCCUUUAGUCUCUAUAUUUAAAAUUGCUCAUCUUCAUCUGCUCUAAAUCCCUAAAUCCUCUUACCUUAAAGCAUGUUUCCCAGAGAUAGGACAGCAUUUUCAAUGUGACAGGUUCCCUUUAAGGCCAUGUUCACACACAGUAAAAAAAAAAAACAAAAAAAAAAAAAACAAGGCCACAUUUCAUUUAAUGCUCUUUUUUUUUUUUUAGCUGAUUACAAAAAAAAAAAAAAACAUUUUUUUGAAAGACAUUUUUUGUCAGUUAUCGGCAGAAAAUAUGGAAAAAACUACACAUUUUAUAAACUGUAUAAGCAAACAAGUUUUUGAAUACAUAAAGAACAGAGCCCAAUACAGGAACACUUAUGUUUUAAGUCUAACCUACCCCUAAAAUACUACAUCAGUCUAGAUAAUCUUUGCUCAGUAUUCAGAUGUAAUCAAUAUUACUAAUAUUUUCUUUUAAAUGAAUGUCAUAAAUAGAUACAUAUAAUUUAAUAACAACAAUGGCUUCCAAGCUUUAUAUUUUAAUGCCAAACUUUUUGACACUUUAAGGCCUCUGCUGCAAAGUUACAGCAAGAAAAAUAGUCAGAAAACUGCAAUUGACUAUAAGGAAUUGUUACGUACAAGAUGACGGAUUGUGUAAAGUAUUGCGUAAAUGCCUUUAUAAUUUCAUGUUUGAAAACAAAACGGAGCCUUAUAGUAAGAGUGGGUAUUUUUUUAAAAGAUUGCCGAAAGAUUAUUGUAAGCAUAUACUAUUAUUAUUUAUUAUUUUAAAUGACUAUUUUUUAGAUAAAAUGAACUCGUUAAAGAUUUUAAUUUUAUUUGGCUUAUUUUACAUGACUAUUUGUGAGCGCUGUCUAAAGAUUCACAUUUGCAUUUGGUAUUUAAUAGAUAAGACAUCAUUUACUCACGGCUGCCAUCUGUAUUUCUGUCUCGCUCAACUAGACUUUGUCUAAGUACAGUAUAUUCAGUAGCUUUAUCGUUGGUGUCUCAUUACUGGAAAUCAAUGGUACAAGGAAGACAUGCUGUAAUUCUCCCUAUUCCCUACUGAAACGAUACACAACUGGAAGGAAUAUUAUAACACAAAUCUUUGAAUUUACUUACUACCUGCUUGUCAACUAACCUUAGUGCUGCUGUGGAUGCAUUAAAGGGGUAUGCUACUGUUUUCCUUAUUAAUAUUAUUAUUAUCCUUGGCACUGCGUAAAGUAAUAGAAUAGACUGUAGUGUGCUCUUGAGCACCUUCAGUUUGGGAAUAGAGAAAAGUUGGAAUUCCUCAAUAAUGACUUAACACAGAAGAAAGUACAUUUCAAAGAGUAAAAAAUAUGUUAUUAUGUAAGAAACCCUUUUAGAGGUUGGUUGGCAGGAAAAGCAGCACAACACCCCCAGGGCCUGGUUUGUGCGAAUGAGGGCUGGCAACUGAAUGCUUGUCAGAGGCAUCAAAGAAUAGCUGUUUAGUCAGAAAAUAGAAGUUAUGUAUGAUUAUCUUAAAUGGGUUUUCUAGGAAUUCUUCUAAAAAUGAAGGACCUAAAAUAGAAAAUGUUGUAUCCCUGUCAUUCCUUGUUUUGAUGAUGUAGGAUGACAUGUCGUCAGUACCAACGUCACAUCUUACGACUGCAGUAACUAAUUCCCUUAAUAGAGUGAUAUCAUAUUAAUAUGUAUGUCAAACAGCGGUGGUGGAAAUAUCAGAAAAGGGGAUUUAUAGAGGAUUUAAGAAUUAGUAAAGCAAGCUUAGUGAAAAUCCGAUUUUUUCUAUUUUAUGUCCAACAACAUUAUUUGAAUUCGCAGAGAACCCCAAUAAACUAGACUUAAUCAUGUCAAAUAACAUCAUCCUAUAGUACAGGUCUAUAGAGGACAUAUGUAUAUACACCUCUUAGAUAUACAGUUGCCAGUCCCUCAAUAGGUUUCAAGGGUUCAAUGGGCUCAUUCAUAAGCCGACAAGUAAAUCCAUUUUGUUAUUAAUCAUAUGUUGCGCUAUUAUAGUAAAUACAGAUGAAACAAACUUGUGAAGAUGGAAUUAAAUGUAAUAUUUGACAUUGGUAUAGCACUCCAAAAGACAGAAUUGUACCCAUGCCAUUUGUAUCUAUGUUAAAUGUAGCAUCAGUUCCUCCAUGACACUUUCCUGGAUUUGUGUAAGGAUGUGAUAGAUGCUUGAAUAGUAUUCGUAAGGAAAUCGGGACAAUGCCACAGUUUACAGUGCUGCCUGCCUUAAGGUGCCCAUAGACCUUUGAUAGCUUUCUGCGUUUGUUCGGCUGAAAGAUAUCUCCUCCUGAUCCCUCCAUACAUAUGAACGCUCUGCUUGGCCAAAUGUUCAUGUGUUGUGAAUGGGGAGAGGGGAGGUAGGCUGCUGCAAGACAGCUCUGGCAGCAACAUAUCUCCCCGAAAACAUGAGGGAUGAAAUUGAACAUGACCAGUUCCUUUAAAAUUGGCAAGGUUGGCAAACUUUUUUACUAAGGUGUAUGGAAGCCUAUAGAGGCUGUUUGGACAUUAUGUCUGAGCCUAUUUAUAAGGUGCCUCAUAAGAGAACAUUUGGGGCUGUCUGUGGACCACAUGUCCAUAUGUGAAGCUUGGAUUAUGUAGAAAGAGAAGGGCAAUCAUAAUAUAUUUAAACCAUAUGGAAGGCAUUGUCUGUAGGGGAUAAAUGGAUGUCUUCUUUUACUGGGAAAACGCCCUAAAAUGGACAUUUGACUAAUUCAAUGGUUUAUGGAGUUGCAUUCUUCCAGUAGUAAUAAUUCUAAUCUUUACUGAAAGGGGUACUCCACUGGAAAACUAUUUGUUUCAAAUCAGCUGGUGCCAGAAAGUUAAACAGAUUUGUAAAUUACUUCUAUUUAAUAAUUGUAAUCCUUCCAGCACUUAUCAGCUGCUGAAUACUACAGAGGAAGUUGUUUUCUUUUUUAAUUUCUUUUCUGUCUGACCACAGUGCUAUCUGCUGCCACCUCUGUCCAUGUCAGGAACUUUCCAGAGCAGAUGCAAAUCCCUAUAGCAAACCUCUCCUGCUCUGGACAGUUCCUGACAUGGACAGAGGUGUCAGCAGAGAGCACUGUGGUAAGACAGAAGAGAACAACUCAACUUCCUCUGUCGUACACAGCAGCUGAUAAGUACUGGAAGAAGUAAUUUACAUCUGUUUAACUUUCUGGAGCCAGUUGAUAUAAAAAAUGUUUGUUUUUUUCCAGGGAAGUACCUCUUGAAUAUAUCCAGAGAACUAACAGAAUUAUCUCCAUAGGGAAUAUAGUGACAUGGUGAUGUUAUUAUAUUUCCUAUGAUGAUGUAUAUGUCCCUAUGCAGGCUAUAUAGGAGACCAGAGCUGUUUUCCAUCUAUUAAAUGGCCUAAAGUAUUUUACCAGUUACAAUAUAUUUGUAGCACUUGGUAACAAAUCAGGUAUUAGUGAUCACUAGUGAACUGCUUACAAAUGCUUUAUCUCCAGCUCAUAGACGCUAGACGAAAGUGAAUGGAUGUUGCAUUCUUGCUGCAGUCCAAUAUGAAAAAGUUUAAAGUAUUAGAUGAGAAAUUUUGUUGGUUUUAUUUUUGUUACAAAAUCAUUUAUGAGUGUGCUGUCUAUUUUAUUAAUUAAAAUGUUG